GAGAGAGAAACAUAUAUAUAUAUAUAUAUAUAUAUAUAGAGAGAGAGGGAGAGCAUGUCGGCUGCCGGAGAUGCGGGCGCCGCUGCAGCAGCGAAUGCCAGCGUCGUUCAGGUCCAGGCAACGGUAACUGCAGCUGGGAACAGCGACGGCAGCCCCACAAAUAAUAACAGCAACAACAGUAACACCAACAGCAACAACAACAAUAAUCCAAACAACAAUAAUGCAAAUAAUAACAAUAACUCAACAGCGGGCAGCUCAAAGGGGCAGCUGCCAUUAACACCCCGCUUCACCGCCGAGGAGAAGGAUGUGCUGUAUUCGCUGUUCCAUCUGCACGAGGAUGUCAUCGACAUCAAACAUAGGAAGAAGCAGCGCAACAAGUACUCCGUCCGGGAUACAUGGGACAAAAUCGUACGCGACUUCAAUUCGAAUCCGCAUGUGAGCGCCAUGCGCAACAUUAAACAGAUUCAAAAGUUUUGGCUCAAUUCGCGCCUGCGCAAACAGUAUCCGUUUCGGGAUGUGAGUGUCUCCGGCGCCAGCGCAGCACUGGGCAAAGUCAGCGGAGUCUCAUCCAAUGCACAACAGCAGCAACAGCAGCAGCAGCAACAACAUCACGACAAUGUCAAAGUGGAGCCAGAGUAUCAAAUCAGUCCAGAUGCAUCCGAGCAUAAUCCACAGGGUGACACGUUCGAUGACAUUGAAAUGGAUGGCAACGAUGUCAGCGAAAUGGAAGAUGAUCCGCUCGAUCAGCAGCAACAACAACAACAGGCAGCACAGGCACAAGUCGAGGCGCAACAACAACAGCAACAGCAGCAACAAUCGGCUGUUGCCGAAAUGCAAAAGUUGCACGUAAGCGCCGCAGUGGCAGCGGCAAAUGCGAACAUGCUGAACACCCACCAGAUCAAUGUGGACUCAAUCAGUGCGGACAAACUGACGCUGAACGAUCUGCUGCACUUUAAGCCGGCGCGACCGCGCGAGGAGAUCAUACUGCAGAUCAAGCAUCCCACAGAUGCGACAGCCACACAGAUUCACACAAUACCCGCGCAGCCGCAGCAGCAUACGAUGGCAACAAUCACCGCUGGCGGCUACAAUCAGCAGAUCAUCAGCGAGAUCAAGCCGCAGCAGAUAACUCUGGCACAAUACCAGGCGCAGCAGCAUCAGCAGGCCCAAGCCCAGGCCCAGGCGCAAGCUCAAGCGCAAGCGCAGGCACAAGCUCAGGCACAGGCUCAAGCGCAGGCGCAACAAUUGGCGCAACAGCAGCUUGCCGCACAGCAGCAACAAUUGGCGGCAGCGGCGGCAGCGCAUCAUCAGCAACAACAGCAGCAGGCCGUUGCAGCCGUAGUCGUACAGCAGCAGCAGCAGCAGCAACAACAACAGCAGCAACAACAACAACAGCAGCAACAACAACAGCAGCAGCAGCAACAACAGGCAGCGGUGGCAGCAGCAGCUGCUGUAAAAAUGCAGCUAACUGGCGGCACGCCCACAUUCACAUUCAGCGCCCUGCCCACGGUGACGGCAGCGACAUCGGUGCCAGUGUCCGUUCCGGUGACAGCGACCCAGGCAGCCGUCCAGGUAGCAAAUGUAAGCGGCGGCGGCGGUGUCGGCAGCAGCAGCGCUGGAACGCUGACUGGAACGAAUGGGCAAACGGCGAACGAUAGCUACGAGGAGCGCAUCAACUAUUUUAAGGUGAAGGAGGCAGAGCUGCGAUGCAAGGAACAGCAGCUGGCCACCGAGGCGAAGAAGAUUGAGGUGAACAAGGCGCAGGAUGAGCUCAAGUAUAUGCGCGAGGUGCAUCGCCUGCGCGUCGAGGAGCUCAAAAUGAAGAUACGCAUCCUGCAAAAGGAGGAGGAGCAGCUCAGUAAAUGCUCGAGUACAUGAGAUCUGGAGGAUAUCAGUGAUGCGGAGCCGGAUGCGGAUGCUGAUCCGGAUGCAGACGCAGAUGGGGCAACGCAGGGCGAGUACAUGGACCUGGACAUGCAAUUGCUGCUCUAGCACGGACGCAGCUUAUUAUAUAUACAUAUAUAAUAUAUAUUUAGUCUAUUUUA